AUGUCUGAUCGGACUCCUGCCAUCACCUUUCCCGCUGGUCCUCUUUCACCUCCUUCACCUGCCGCAGGAUCAUCAUCUGCUUCUAAAGAAAGCCAACAUCUCCCUCCCUUCUUGAAUCACGCCCCACAGACUCCGACAUCUCCUCCGUUGAUGUCGGUCAGCGAUUCGAACAAUGGUUCCAACUUUACAUCCACCCAAGCACCAUCGAAUCAGGCGACAGUCCACCACCAUUCUUCACACGGCUCUUCUCCCUACUCCUCCACGCCUGUCUCAACACAAGCCUCGCAACCCCCUACAUUGAGUACAACAAACUCGUUCCCUACGCCGGCCAGCAGCGUGAGUGGUCAUCUCACUCAUGCGACCUCGUUUGAGGAGCCGGACUUGAAAGCUCUUCAGCCUGGGACCCAGGCUGCUACAUCCACCAUGAACCCUGGAUCUGAACCUCAGACGGCUGAUUACAUGCAUACCGAUCAUGACCGGCAACCGAUUUUCCCUUCUUCGACUGCAAGUGGUCUAUGCGACGGCGCUGCCGACAAGAAACCGGACCCUGAUGCGAUGGACGUGGACCAGGAGCCAAUAUUGCGCAGUGGUACACAUGGUCUCGGAUUAGACUCUCUCCAAAAGGAUUUCCAAUCGGCCUAUCAUCUUUGCAAGAGCUCGCCUAUCCCUACGGGUCCAGAUCCCUCGUGGGACCUGAUUUCUCUGUAUGGACUAGGUUCGAUUGCGCAGUCUGUCGCACGGAUUCACCCCGUCACUGGUGAGAAGAUCAACCGGCUGCGGAAGUCAUAUGAGGGCAAACUGAAGCCUCUGGGUCUGGCGGGCAAGAACAAGCCAAUCAAGACGGAUUCAAGCAAGGAAGGCAGCUUGCGAUAUCUCACUUUGUGGCCCGAAGAGGAAUGGCAGAAUCAAAAGGUGUUUGGCAAGCAAAUCAAGACAGCUGACAUGGAUUCCGCAUUGCUCGGUCUGCAAACCAAGGCGAUGCAGCUUCAGCCAGGGGUGGCGCCCAAUAAUGACUUUUGGGAAGAUGUCUUGGGUCUGGAGAAGCCAGUGAAGGUCUCCGGUCCAGGGGACAUGGGCAAAAAGGGUACGCCCACCCCGGGAGGCCGGUUGGGUACUCAGCCGAUGGUGGCCAGUGGCGCGGGCGCUACAGAUUUGGGUGAUAGAGCACGCCCCAGUCGCGGUCGCAAGAGAAAUUACGAUGAUAACAGCUUCGUCGGCUAUGGCGAAGGCUACGCUGAUGAUGAUGACGAGACCGGGUUCUACUCCAAUGGAGAAGGAGCCGGUAAGAAGAAACGAAAGAAGGUUGGUGUCGCUUAUCUUGAUCACGUUUCUAAGGUUUCAACCCCAAUGUCCGAGCGAAGUGGCAGCUACGGAGUCGGUAUGUUUGGCAUCGGUGCCCGCUGA